UCUGAAUACCUGGAACAAGCUGAGAUGGGGCAAUGAAGCUGAGGGAGCAUGGUCCCGCAAGGCACUCACACGGACCAGCAGGUCCGAGGUUAACCUGGAAAUGGCUUGCACUCAGGAUGAAAAGGACGGACACGCCUCUCCUGAGCCCACAACUUAUUACAAUGCCAUUUACGAGCUUCAUGAGGGAGAGGAGAACAACAGUCCAAAUCCACCAUUUUACUGGGAAGACGAUUGCAAUGCGAGAACAAGCGAGCCAGUUAAUGAAGAAUUCCACGACAUCGAUCAGGCCCCAAGGGGCAAAAAGCAGAUUGUGCAACAGAACAGCAUAAUCAUCACGCAUGAAAUCUACAAACACGACCUAUGGUGGAGCAGUUCCCAACAAUCUGUCCACGAGAAUGAGUCACCAGCACAGACACCACACAAUAAAAUACACAUCAGCCAGAGACUCAAGUCAAAGGAUCCAGGACUGGGAAUGGCUCGCUUCGGAAGCGACGUGUCGGCUCGCUAUGGAGGAAGCACAACGGGCGGGGGCAGAGGUGCAAACCGCCAGGGUGGACCUCAUGCCGGCCAGAGAGGCAUGUACGGCUCGAAGUCGAUGGCCCAAAGAGCCCGGACUAUGGCUCUGUACAAUCCCAUCCCCGUCCGUCAGAACUGCUUCACAGUCAACAGAUCACUUUUUAUAUUUAGCGAAGACAACAUUAUACGAAAAUAUGCCAAACGAAUAACCGAGUGGCCUCCAUUUGAAUACAUGAUACUAGCAACUAUUAUUGCAAACUGCAUCGUUUUGGCCUUGGAGCAACAUCUUCCAGAUGGCGAUAAAACACCAAUGUCAGAAAGAUUGGAUGAUACCGAACCUUAUUUCAUUGGAAUAUUUUGCUUUGAAGCUGGCAUCAAAAUCAUUGCUCUGGGAUUCGUGUUUCAUAAAGGUUCCUACCUUCGAAAUGGCUGGAAUGUGAUGGAUUUUGUGGUGGUUCUCACAGGAAUUUUAGCCACUGUUGGGACGGAUUUUGACCUGCGAACCUUGAGGGCUGUGCGAGUCCUACGACCACUGAAACUCGUAUCUGGAAUUCCAAGUUUGCAAGUUGUAUUAAAAUCGAUAAUGAAGGCGAUGGUCCCCCUUCUUCAGAUUGGACUUCUCCUGUUCUUUGCAAUCGUGAUGUUUGCCAUUAUUGGUCUGGAGUUCUACAUUGGGAAGUUUCACAAAACCUGCUUCAGUGAAGAAACAAAUCAGCCGGUGGAGGAAUUUCCAUGCGGAACAGAACCUCCUUCCCGACUGUGUCCAAAUGGAACUGUUUGUAAAGGAUACUGGAACGGACCCAAUUAUGGGAUUACAAAUUUUGAUAAUAUCCUAUUCGCUGUUCUCACUGUCUUCCAGUGUAUCACAAUGGAAGGGUGGACUGACAUCCUUUACAACGCCAAUGAUGCCUCGGGAAACACAUGGAACUGGCUGUAUUUCAUUCCUCUGAUCGUCAUCGGCUCUUUCUUCAUGCUUAAUCUUGUUUUGGGAGUGUUGUCAGGUGAGUUUGCGAAGGAAAGAGAAAGGGUGGAGAACAGACGGGCUUUUCUCAAACUGAGAAGGCAGCAGCAGGUAGAACAAGAAUUCAACAGGUACCUGCGUUGGAUCCAUAUAGCUGAGGAGGUCAUGUUGGCAGAAGAGGACAAAAAUGCAGAAGAAAAGUCUGCUUUGGAUGUUCUAAAGAGGGCAACCACAAAGAAGAGUAAGAAUGACCUGAUCAAUGCUGAGGAGGGAGAAGAUCACUUCACAGACAUUUCCUCAGUGGGACCUGGAGCGGAUCCGAAGCCUGCAGCAGUUUCUGUAGAUGACGCCAGCAGCAGAUUCACCCGGCCCAGCCUGAAAAGUGUUAAAAAUGAGAGGUCUUCUUACUUCCGAAGAAAAGAGAAGAGGUUUCGAUUCUUUAUUAGGCGCAUGGUGAAAUCACAGAGUUUUUAUUGGAUAGUACUCUGCGUGGUGGGGCUGAACACGCUUUGUGUUGCCAUUGUCCACUAUGAUCAGCCACUGUGGCUCACUGAAGCACUAUAUUUUGCUGAGUUUGUUUUCCUUGGGCUUUUUCUAACUGAGAUGUCCUUGAAGAUGUAUGGUUUGGGCCCAAGAAACUACUUCCAUUCUUCAUUCAACUGUUUUGAUUUUGGGGUGAUAGUUGGUAGUAUUUUUGAAGUCAUUUGGGCAGCUGUCAAGCCAGGUACCUCAUUUGGGAUAAGCGUUCUGAGAGCUCUCCGAUUACUCAGAAUCUUCAAAGUAACCAAGUACUGGAACUCAUUGCGAAACCUGGUGGUGUCUCUGCUGAACUCCAUGAAGUCCAUUAUCAGUCUGCUGUUCCUGCUCUUCCUGUUCAUUGUGGUCUUUGCCUUACUCGGAAUGCAGCUCUUCGGGGGCCAGUUUAAUUUUGAAGAUGGAACCCCUCCAACAAACUUUGAUACAUUUCCAGCUGCAAUUCUCACUGUGUUCCAGAUCCUGACAGGAGAAGAUUGGAAUGCAGUUAUGUAUUAUGGAAUUGAAUCACAAGGAGGAGUGAAAAAGGGAAUGUUUUCAUCGGUUUAUUUUAUUAUCUUGACACUAUUUGGAAACUACACUCUUCUAAAUGUCUUCUUGGCCAUUGCUGUUGACAACCUGGCAAAUGCACAGGAGCUAACAAAGGAUGAAGAAGAGAUGGAAGAAGCCAAUAUCCAGAAAAAUACGAUCCAAAAGGCAAUGGAAGUUGCAGAUGUCAGCCCAAUAUCUGCAACAAAUCUAUCCUUAGCAGCCAAAGAUCAACAGAAGUCAUUCAAGUCCAUGUCUGUCUGGGAACAGAGGACUUCUCAACUGAGGCGUCAGAACCUACUGACCAGUCAGGAGGCUCUCUUCAAUGAACUCGACGACGAGCAGCGUAGAAUGUACGUCUCAUCUCAUCAGAUCCGCCCAGAUAUGAAAACCCACUUGGAUCGGCCCUUGGUCGUGGAGCCCAGGAACAACGUGAGGAAGGGCGCUGAUAAGAUCCGCCCCAGUGACUGCCAGGACAGUGAGCAGGAGAGGCUGGUCCAGCCCGAGAGCUGUGAGCCUCCGAAACGGCCCCAUCGUCACCGAGACAAGUCGGGUGAGCAGGACAAGGGAGACGGUGCUCCAGACGCCGCAGAGCCCAGAGCCAGCGCCAAGGACGAGCAGCGGCGCUCCCACAGGAGCCGGAGCAAAGAAGUGGAGGGGGAGCGGGAGGAGAGGUGCAAGGAGGGGAAGGGCGAGCGGAGCAGGAGCCGGGAAGGCGGGCGGAGGCACCAUCACCACCCGCAGAGCUCCGUGGACGAGGCCCCGGAGAGGGAGCACAAGAGACAUCGAUCGCACCGACAUGGGGCAGAGCAGCCGGGCCGGGAGGGGAACGGCACAGCCAACACAGCCAAGGGAGAGAAGCGCAGCCGAGCCAAGGACAGCUCUCGGUCGGGUGCCCGGGAGGGCGAGGCGCCAGGCAGGAGCCAAGAGGGAGCAGAGAGGCGGCGCAGGCACCGACAGAAGGCACUCUCGACCUAUGAGUCAGAGGAAAAGAGAGACGCCGGUGAGAAGGAAGGAGAGAGUGCUCUCCGAGAACGUCGGAACCAUAAAGUGAAGGAGAGCCAGCCACCUGCAGACACCGCGGUGCUGACCACAACAUCGCUGCCACCCGUGAGUGGCUUGAAGCACCUGCCCCAGCAGCCAGAGGAUGCUGACAACCAGAAGAACAUCAAGCUCGUGACGCUGCCGACGAGAGACAUCGAGCACGCUGUCACUGUUAACAUCCCGGUGACCAUCACGGCUCCCCCUGGAGACACCACACUGCUCCCGAUCAACAAUGUUGGUGUUGAUUUGGAAAGUAUGUCGAAACCAGAGGAAAAGAAAGCUGUGGACGCUGAUGAUUUGAUUAAAAAUGGGCCAAGGCAGAUCCCGCCUUUCAGUUCCAUGUUCAUCUUCAGUCCAACCAACCCUAUUCGCAGAGCGUGCCAUUACAUUGUCAACCUACGAUAUUUUGAGAUGUGCAUCCUCCUGGUGAUAGCAAUGAGCAGCAUUGCCUUGGCAGCAGAGGAUCCUGUACAGGCUGACUCACCCAGAAACAAUGUUCUGAAGUACUUGGACUAUGUGUUCACUGGGGUCUUUACCUUCGAAAUGGUGAUUAAGAUGAUUAAUUUAGGUCUGAUUCUUCAUCCUGGCUCUUACUUUCGAGAUCUGUGGAACAUUCUGGAUUUCAUCGUUGUCAGUGGAGCUUUGGUUGCCUUUGCCUUCACAGGGAACAAAGGAAAGGACCUCAACACCAUCAAGUCACUCCGUGUUCUCCGUGUCCUGAGGCCACUGAAGACCAUCAAACGUCUGCCCAAGUUAAAGGCUGUCUUUGACUGUGUGGUGAACUCGCUGAAGAAUGUUCUGAACAUACUGACCGUUUACAUGCUGUUCAUGUUCAUCUUUGCUGUCAUUGCCGUGCAGCUCUUCAAGGGCAAAUUCUUCUACUGCACUGAUGAGUCAAAGGAUUUGGAAAAGGACUGCAGGGGUCAGUAUCUAGUUUAUGACAAUGACGAAAUUGAGGCAGAACCCAGGGAAUGGAAGAAAUAUGAUUUCCACUACGAUAAUGUGCUCUGGGCCUUACUGACGUUAUUCACAGUGUCAACUGGUGAAGGGUGGCCAACGGUUUUAAAGCACUCUGUGGAUGCCACAGAAGAAGAUCAGGGGCCCAGCCCCAGCUACCGGAUGGAAAUGUCCAUAUUUUAUGUUGUGUACUUUGUGGUGUUCCCAUUUUUCUUUGUGAAUAUUUUUGUUGCUCUGAUUAUCAUCACGUUCCAGGAACAGGGUGAUAAGGUGAUGUCUGAAUGCAGCCUGGAGAAAAAUGAGAGAGCCUGCAUUGAUUUUGCUAUAAGUGCCAAGCCUCUUACCCGAUACAUGCCACAGAACAAGCAGACUUUCCAGUACAAGAUGUGGAGAUUUGUGGUCUCCCCCCCUUUUGAAUAUUUUAUAAUGGCCAUGAUCGCACUCAACACCAUCGUGCUGAUGAUGAAGUUCCAUAACGCUCCUGAUCCAUAUGACAGAAUGCUGCAGUACCUGAACAUAUUAUUCACGUCUCUAUUCUCCAUGGAGUGUGUGUUGAAGCUCAUUGCCUUUGGUAUACUGAAUUACUUCCGUGAUGCAUGGAAUGUGUUUGACUUUGUAACUGUACUGGGAAGUAUAACUGAUAUUUUAGUCACUGAACUAGCGGAUAACUUCAUCAAUCUCAGCUUUCUGCGGCUGUUCCGAGCAGCACGCCUCAUCAAGCUCCUUCGCCAAGGAUAUACCAUCCGGAUUUUGCUCUGGACAUUUGUGCAGUCCUUUAAGGCAUUACCAUAUGUGUGUCUCCUGAUUGCAAUGCUGUUUUUCAUCUAUGCCAUUAUUGGAAUGCAGGUAUUUGGGAACAUUGCGCUGGAUGAUGAUAGUGCAAUUAAUCGUCAUAACAACUUUAGGACCUUCCUACAAGCUGUAAUGCUUUUAUUCAGGAGUGCCACUGGUGAAGGCUGGCAAGAAAUAAUGCUGGCAUGUCUGAGCAAAAGUCCAUGUGAUCCUCGUUCUGGCAUAGACAGAGAUGAAUGUGGAAGUGAUUUUGCCUACUUCUACUUCGUGUCGUUCAUUUUCCUUUGUUCUUUCCUGAUGUUAAAUCUUUUUGUAGCUGUCAUUAUGGACAAUUUUGAAUAUUUAACCCGUGACUCCUCCAUCUUGGGACCUCACCACUUGGAUGAGUUUGUCCGUGUCUGGGCUGACUAUGAUCCAGGAGCCUGUGGGCGCAUCACUUACAGUGACAUGUAUGAGAUGCUGAGACACAUGUGUCCUCCCCUGGGCCUGGGAAAGAAAUGUCCUGCCAGAAUCGCCUACAAGCGCCUUGUGAGGAUGAACAUGCCGAUUGCUGAGGACGGUUCUGUGCAUUUCACUUCGACCUUGAUGGCAUUGAUUAGAACAGCCCUUGAUGUCAAAAUUGCUACAGGAGGAGCACACCAGCAGCAAUGUGAUGCGGAGCUGAGGAAAGAAAUAACUGCUAUUUGGCCAAAUUUGUCCCAGAAGAUUCUGGAUAUACUGGUGCCUCCCCAUAGACCUACAGAGUUGACGGUGGGGAAAGUCUAUGCAGCACUGAUGAUUUUUGAUUACUACAAACAGAACAAAAGCAAACGAAUGCAGCAACAGCCUGGUGGCUUGUCACAGACUCGAACAUCGUUCUUUCAGCGCGUGGUGGGAGCCUUGACACCAACGCAGGAAGAGCCCCCCUCAUACAACGACACAUUGCGACCAAAGAACUCACACAAUGGCGGCAAUGCUCUGUACCAAGACAGCGGACGAAAGGAAUCCUCCUGGUUGCGGACCCGAGAGGCUUUUACUGAGGGUAAAGUAGAAGUACCGGAGAGUGGUCAGGCAGAUGAAGCUCUAGUCACCCAGAGCAUUCCUCAGGCUGUGGAGUUGAGAGAAAUGGGCUAUGAUGUGAACCACUCGGACCAGCCCAGUCUGGAGAGCCAUGGUCGUGCGGCAUCCAUGCCUCGCCUGACAGCAGAGACCCAGCCGAUCCCAGACACAAGUCCCAUGAAGCGUUCAGUAUCCACGCUGACUCCACAGCGCUCUCAGGGGAUGCACCUGCCCGAUUACUCCCUGGAGCGAGUUAUACCGGUUCGGAUGCCACACCAUCACCACCAUCACCAUCAGCAUCGCUGCCAUCGCAGGAGAGAGAAAAAACAGCGAUCACUUGAACGGUCUCCCAGCAAAAAUGCUGAUGGACAAGCAGGCCAACUGGAUGACUCCAGUUCUGCAGCUCACCCAAGAGAUCAGUCAUCUAAAGAGCGUGAGCGCGGUAGGUCACAGGAGCGGAAGCCUCCGUCAUCCAUCGAGAAGCAGCGUUACUAUUCCUGUGACCGAUAUGGCAGUCGGGAGCCCCCACAGCCCAAGUCAACUGAUCACAGCCGGUCUGCAUCUCCGAGUACUGGUCCAGAGCAGGGGCUCCAUAGACAGGGCAGUGGUUCCGUUAAUGACAGCCCUAUGCAGACAGCCUCUGGAGCUAGCACCCCAUGUCGUGGCCGCAGGCAGCUGCCUCCAACCCCGCUCACACCGCGCCCCAGCAUCACCUACAAGACCGCCAACUCCUCCCCGGCUUAUUUCAACCACCUGCACGGUGUGCCGCCCCCGAGCUCCCCGGGGAGACUGAGCCGCGGGCGAUCCGAGCACAACCACCUCCAGAGCCAGCCCCACGGCAGCGGUGACGGCAGGCAGCCGACGGUGACGCGCAUCAGCUCCGAUCCCUACCUGGGGCACCGCGGCAGCUGCGGUAGCGAUGGCCAGGAGCCGCUGGAAGAAACUCUGACCUUCGAGGUGGCCGUGGCCACGACCACCGGCCGGUCCCCCCGGACUUCCUGUAUCAUGUCUCUCACGUCCCAGCCUCAGCAGAGCCGCCGGGUCCCGAACGGUUACCAUUGCAAUCUGGGAAUGAGCACGGGGCCGGGCACAGGUGCAGGGGAGCGCAAGUGUCACCGGGAGGCAGACGAGGACGACUGGUGCUAGUAUGGCAGUCGAGCAAGGCUAUUACUGAUGAUGCAUUAACGUGAUGAGUUUUAUCAUCGGCAGGGUGUUCUGUCAGAGCUCAGAGUGUGUGUGCGUGUGUGUGUGUUCAUAUGCAGCAUUUGUGGGGAUCUGGAAACUGGAAAUGGUUCCAGGAAUCUGAUUUUUAUUUAAAAGAUUGCUUCAACUUGUUUUUGCACUGAAUUUGCAAGUGAAAAGUGGUUCACUUGAAGCGAAGAAAACUAAUGACUGUUUCAUCCUAGAGAACACGUUUUUCUAUCUCUCCCUACAUUGGCUAUUUCAGAAAACAACAGAUGCCAAAUUUAUUAUAUAAAUACGUAAAUAAAAGUGAAAAAGACCUGAUGAAGUUAUGAUAGCCGGCUCUUGGUUACCUCUGGACAAGUGGUGAAGGAGAUUGCCUGUCCACGGCACAAGUUGUGAGAGGGCGGGGUCGGCUUUCAUCACAGACUUUUGGAUGCCAGAGGAGGGCAGCCGGAGGGAAAAGUGGGAGAGGAUAUUUUAAUGCAUAUCGAGAGACUGAUGCUGACUUCAAAAGCUUUUAAAUGUAGGACUUGAUGUCAAUAACAGAGAUUAAAAUGUCUUGAAUGGAGCCAGUAAACAAAUUUCUGCUCUAGUACUGCACUACGUCUCGAGUCUCGACAUCUCUGCAGUGUUCCCAUCCACUAACACGAUGUUUCCCGACCUGUUCAGGUUUGGGCUGUGGAACUGUCGGCACUGUUUUUUUUUCCCAGGUCCAGAGGCCUUUCUUUGUGCUGCUUUUCACACUUCCUUAAAAAUUCUCCUUGUUUUGUUCUCCAUUGUAUCCUUUUCCCACUUGUGGUAGCAUUAAUGUGACUUGCGAUCCAGGCUGCACAAUCCAUCAUUUUAUCAGAUCUCCUGUAAGUAACUUCCUGUAGUUGCAGGAGCUUCACACCGUCCACUUCUAGAGUGUGUUAUAAGUUGAGGUUUGUAUGUGAGGACUUAGCCUGCCUUUGUUCUGUCAUUGCCUUCCACUCUUUCUAUUCGUUGCUCCAACUGUUGAAUUCCAAGUGCCUAACGUUUUAAAUAACUCAUUAGAGAAGAUUCAGCCACUUGCUACUGUGCAUCUGAACAUGCAAGUGGGGACCCUGGGAGGUAUGGCUGGAAAGCAGAGGUGACAAGUAUUGGUGGCUUCAAGCAAAAGAUCUACAAAUCAUACCUUGGUAACCAGACUUGAAUGACUUAUUGCAAAAAUAAAAUUUGAAACACAAAGCCAACAGACUUUAUUUGGUGUUGAUGAGCAAAUCUGGGCUUUAAACUUUUUCUGAAGUUGGUAACAGGAAGACAAAAGUGAAAGGGUGCAAACCAGCACAGCGUCAUGUCUUUCAGUCUUUCACGUUCACAGUGCAUAGCCCAUCUUUUUAAACUUGGUUGUGGAGGUUCUCAGCACAUGUUUUAUGGUGUGUAGUUUCUAUGUUGUAAGGAUACAUGAGAAAACGUUAUGUGCUUUCUUCAUUGUGUAAAUCAUUAAAAAAAAAUUUCCAGGUGGAAAUAGCCUACAAAAUGUGCACUUUGAAGAGUUAAACAGUGAGGGAGGAAACCGGGAUAUUUGUCAGGAAGGCUAUGCAACAUGAUACUUGUCAGGCAAAACACUAAAAUAAUUCAUUCUGUAGCUUUAACUGCUGAAUUUUCCAUUUUCAGGCCUCAGCAUGAUAGUGACCAAAAGUUUUAUACCUUUCCUUAUAAUAAAGGCACAACACAAUUUUGAAGAAAACCAAUUAUUGACUCUGUAGGGGUGGGAGGGGGUAUGUAUAUUAAUACAAUGGUUCCUGGAAUGUUUCACAGGACUUUUUAAGUCAAGCAUACACCUUGAAUAAUGCAUGCACCAUUGUACUCAUUAAUUAUAGGACUAUGUCUCCGCAGAAGGGUUGGAAAUUUUUUUUUCCAAAAACAGUAGAUAAGCUCUCCCGUACUUCCACAAGUGAUAAAUUGAUGAUGUGACAUCCGAGCUCAUUUGUGACUGAGGACUUUCUGUCUGGGUUCCACAACAUUAGGCGGAAGUUUCAGCACCUCCAUUUAAAAUCACUCUCUCCCAAGUCAGUAUUGCGGGGCUGCUCUGGGUAAACAAAGGACAACUGAAUAAAAUGGAAAUGGAAACAUUUGUUAGUUCGGUGCCGAAACGUUACCUGUGGCCUCCCCACCUUUUCUACGUGCAGCGUACACACCGCUUCAUCAAACUGCACCCUUUCUUUCCUUCCAUUCAUUACAGCAGGUUGCCAAAAACAAGGUCCACCGAACUAUUUUCACAUCCAGAGUUCAGUUUACUUAUGGUUGUACUUUGAUGAAAUAAUGUGAGCAUGUAAUAGAACUAUGUGCAUGAAAUAUUGUUUAUCCUGGUACAGUACCAUUUUUUGAUACAAUGUAAUCAUCAGCUGUUCAUUUUGGAAAAAAAAACACUUUGAUAUAAAUUUGGGAGUUUGUUGCAACAACUUUAUAUUUAAAACAGUGUUGGGAAAGCUAAUUAAUUCCAACCCUACAAUUGACUGGAGCCAAUCAGGUCGUGUGGUUGACUAGUUUGCUGCCUGAAUAAUAUUUAUCAGCCAAACUUUGAAUUUCUGCAGUUUCUACAGUUAUAUUUUGUACGAGGCAGAACCCUUGAAUUAAAUAAAUCUUAGGAGUAAAAUUUCACAUGCUUCAUGUGUUUCUAAUUUGCACAAUUUUUAAACAAAACUUCUGCAAAUCUUUAAAAAAGAUAUAGUUAUCUGGCUUUGUUGCAUUAACUACUAUGUUGAGAAUGUAUGAAUGUUUUGAAAUUAUAUAAAGAUGCAUUUGCCGAACUGUUCUUAUGUCUUUUAUUGAUGGUUUACACUCAUACCAAAAGGGCACAACCCUAAUUAUAAUUGGGAAAGAAAUAUUGUUACGCACUGCAACUUUUGUUUGAUGCAACUUUGAGGAAUUGCAUGUCAUGCCCCUCGCCUGAAUAUUGUAUUAACCUCUUGCCCUGCUGUGUCUUUUUAUAUCACUUCCUCUCUAUGAAAAAAAACUUCCAUGUGGGAAGUAGUUAGCCAAAAAGAAAACAUGGAAUUUUUUGGAAUGUUUGAAUAGAUCCUUUUUAUAUCAUUCAUGCAUGACUGAUUAAAUAAAGUUUAUUGGGAAAAAAAUAUCUAUUGUAAAUUGGUUGCAAAGUAAAAAGGGCUGUCUAUCACAGCCAACAAUAAAUUUCUUGAACUGAAGUACAGCAUUAUUUCUUGAACGGAAACGAGAUGGGUAUUGCAAUGGCAUGAGGUAAUUUUUGGUUCCUUGAGCAUGGAACAUACUCUGAUGCCAAGUGGUCUUUCUAGCAUUCCUAAAAAUAGUUAGGGUUGAGCUGUCAUUUUAAAGGGGCUGUGUCAUCUUAAGAGCAGGCCUUAGCUAAGGGUUACCAUAGCAACAGAUUUCUUCCCAACAGCACAUGGCAAAUAUAGACCAUUGGACUUAGGAAAUUCAGAUUCCUUGAAGAUGCAGAAUGACUUUUUUGACUGUCCCUGAAAUCUGACCUUUGCCUGAAAGUCUGGGUUCCUCACUUUGACAAUUCUACCAAUAAAAUGGAUGUGACUGCCAGGCAGCCUUUGGUGCCUUGUACCUUGGUCUGUCCUCCCACUAAAAAUCAGUGAACACAGAGAAAUAUUGCUCUUAAAUCUUUUGAAGCAGUCAAGAAACUAUCCACGUUUUUAAUAGGUGGCAGAACCUGACCUGCCCCCAUUGAUGUAACCAGAGCUGUACUAUAGCAGGGAGACCGAUCCCAGCACAACCUUUACAGCAAAGUGCAGCUCCCAAGGCACGGAAAGAAUCCUGAUGACGUAGGCCUUUUAGGAAGUUAUUAAUAUUGUAAAACAAUUAAAUGUAUCUUCAUUCUGUACGUCCAGUUGAAACCUGUUAAGAUCAAAUCAGUGUUGUUAAAGAAAUGUUGCUUGAACAUGAGCUUGAUCUUAUUUAAUGUAUUUUGACGGUAGCAUUUUAAAAAUUGUAACGGCUUGUCAGGGAUCGAACUGGAAUGGAGUCUGCUGUAUGUAAACUGGUUUCCAAUGAGAGUAACCCUUAGUGUGUUGCAAUACCUGAUGUCGAUGACUGAGGGCACUCCGACACACUGGAGGUCACCCUUCUACCGUUGGUGAGAAUACAGUAUUACAAUAUAUACCGAAUGCUAUAUCCCCUUGUGUUUCUCAAAAAUAAAACCUUGUACU